AUUUCAGGAAAAGCAUUGUCAUUUAAAAACAAUGCAUUGUAAUGUGAUGAGAUGAAAUGCAUUCCAUGGACUUCAAGAGCAUGCGACUUUUCAAGAAAUGAAGUUUGUGGUCGUCCAUGACCCACGUGCACACCUUUAUAAUGAAAAGACGCUUACAUAUUACAAGUUUUACAUGCAAUGGGCAUGUUCAUCAUUACACGGUCAUUAUGCAUUGAUAAUGCAGACGUGUGGCCCGCCAAUCAAUCUACCAUACAUCGGAAGCACAUUUUUUUCUGAUCAAUAUCAACCCAAAGUAUUUUCAAAAAGCCAUCAAGGCUCUUAGAAACAUUGUAACGUGUUUAACGCGUGUUUACCGAUAAAACCGCGCCGGGCGCCCGGCAGCCGGCGCGGAGGCCGGGACGCUGCCUGGGGCUCAGUGACCUUGAACUCGGCAGCGCUACCCGGAGAAUGUCUCACUGUGUGUCCUCCCACUUGGUGUGCCAGUGCAUCGCUUGUGAUUAACCUCUGUAGGCGGCACUUACAAUAUGUUUACGUAUUGUCGCUGGUGUGAGUUCGAUGUCAAGUUUUUUUCAAACUGCCUGGGAAAAUAAUUUCAGGCAGUUUGCAAAAUGCCUGGUGGGCCAGGCAGUUUGCAAACUGCCCAGGCAUUUUACAAAAUGCCUGGCGGGUCAGCCAUUUUGCAAAUUGCCUAGGCAUUUUGCAAAAUGUCUGGUUUUUCACUUUGCCUGUAACAUAUACAUAAUAUUUCUGUUAUCAAUCGCUGAAAGAUUCAAAGCGAUUGGUCAUUCGGUGUAGAUAUGACAGGCAUUGAAACUUGUUAGGAGAUGAGGUCACUUGACGUGACUUGGUGACCUGACCUUGAGUGAAAUUGGUCUGAAAUUUUCACUGAAAGAUCAAUAAUGAGGUGUGGCAAAAACAGCGGCGCUUUUGAGAUACCGAAAAAACGCACAGGGGCAUUCAACUGUUCACCCCCCCCCCCCCCCCCCAUCAGGGAGCGGGUCACGCAACGCCUUUUCACGCAACAUAAUCAAGAAGCUAGCUGACAAGUGUUUGGCAGGUGCUUUGAAGCACGUGAACACGUGAGAUGGCAGAUCUGUAGCGCAUUGGGGGUCAAAUCACCCUCUCCGAGCUUUUGGGGAUGGGGCCAUGACCCUGUGGACUCUCCUCCCCCCCCCCGCCAGGAUCCGCCACUGGAAGAGCUGGAGCGAUCAUUGGGCGGUGGUGCUGCUGCGAUGGGCCCCCGUGCCGGCUAGGUAGACCGGUGGGUAGCUCCAGGGGCGCGGCCGCCGCCGCCGGCCGGCCGGGCAGGCAUCCGUCGAUCGCUGGCAGCGUGCCCGAGGGCUGCCUGCCGCCGCCUGGCGGCCCCUCAGGCAAUCAGCGCUCUGACGUCACAGCUCUCGUCUCGUCUGUCCUGCCGCCCCCGCUGGUUCACUUCUCCUUCUGUCGAGCUCCAGUUGUUCCCAGCUCAGCCGGACACGAUGGUUGACGCCGCCACUCUGGAGAAGCUGGAGGCCGGCUUCCAGAAGCUGCAGGCCGCCACCGACUGCAAGUCGCUGCUGAAGAAAUACCUCACCAAAGAGGUGUUCGACAGCCUCAAGACCAAGAAGACCUCGUUCGGCUCGACCCUGCUCGAUGUCAUCCAGUCCGGUGUGGAGAAUCUCGACUCCGGUGUGGGCGUGUACGCGCCAGACGCAGAGGCGUACACGCUGUUCGCCGAUCUGUUCGACCCCAUUAUCGAGGACUACCACGCCGGCUUCAAGAAGACCGACAAACACCCCAACAAGGACUUUGGCGAUGUCAACUCGGUGGGCAACGUGGACCCGGAGGGCCAGUUCGUCAUCUCUACGCGCGUGCGGUGCGGCCGCUCCAUGGAGGGCUACCCGUUCAACCCGUGCCUGACGGAGGCCCAGUACAAGGAGAUGGAGGAGAAGGUCUCCUCCACGCUCAGCGGUCUGGAAGGCGAGCUGAAGGGCACCUUCUACCCGCUGACCGGCAUGGCCAAGGAUGUGCAGCAGAAGCUCAUCGACGACCACUUCCUCUUCAAGGAGGGUGACCGCUUCCUGCAGGCGGCCAACGCGUGCCGCUUCUGGCCCACCGGCCGCGGCAUCUACCACAACAACGACAAGACCUUCCUGGUCUGGUGCAACGAGGAGGACCACCUGCGCAUCAUCAGCAUGCAGAUGGGCGGCGACCUGGGCCAGGUGUACCGGCGGCUGGUCAACGCUGCCACCGACAUCGAGAAGCGCAUCCCGUUCUCGCACCAUGGCCGGCUGGGCUUCCUGACCUUCUGCCCGACCAACCUGGGCACCACCAUCCGCGCCUCGGUGCACAUCAAACUCCCCAAGCUGGCCGCCGACAAGAAGAAGCUGGAGGAAGUGGCGGCCAAGUACAGUCUGCAGGUGCGCGGCACGCGCGGUGAGCAUACCGAGGCCGAGGGCGGCAUCUACGACAUCUCCAACAAGCGCCGCAUGGGCCUGACCGAGUACGAGGCCGUCAAGGAGAUGCACGACGGCAUCCUGGAGCUGAUCAAGAUCGAGAAGUCGCUGUAAGAGGUUGGGCGUGGCUGCCACGCUAGCGGGCUGCUGCGAUACCUAUACCAAAACGGCAGCGACCGCCAUCAGCGCCCAGCACCUAGCAGAGAUCGCACAUCGACUUAAACCAGGUCUCCACUUCUCAUGGGUGCAAACAUGUGUCCACACUAGCUGGACGUGUAAAUAUAUUGCAGUCGUCGAA